AUGAAUGUGCCUCGGACGUCUGCGGAGUCAGGGCAGUCGCAGCCUGCAAUGGGGGGAGAGACGGGGUCUGGCAGGGGGAGGACAGUGACAACGGCGUGCGAGAGAUGUCGAAGGAGAAAGAUCCGCUGCGAUGGCGAGACUCCAUGUGCGACGUGUCGGCGCUUUCGCAUCAGCUGUGUCCGGAUCCAGAAGAACGAUACCCAGGCGCUGGAGCAGCGAGUGCGCCAGCUCGAGGCCCAGAUCGCUGACUUCAACACCCAGAAUCACGGUCAUAGUCAUGGCUCUGGCCCAGUUGGGCUUCCUAGUCCUCAGGCUUGGUCGCCUGAUGUUCAAUUCAAUGUCGACUUUGGCUCUCCAGGACCGGCAGUAGCGAUGGACCAGACAUUCAGCCAGUUCCAUCCCGGCAGCCCGUCGCCAUUGGAAAUCCCGAGCAUCCAGGUUGUCGACUACGCGGAUUCGAUGUCGCCAGUAUCCCCAGUCUCGCUGUCUCCUUCUCCAAUGCUCCGUCCACUGGCCCCGGCAAGGCCAAAUCCAAUAUCGGACGGCCUCGGCACUGGGCUGCGGCCACCGAGCGCCGGUGCUGCUGUCUCCCCUCCACCAACUGCCAUUUCAUCUCCACACCAUGGGCUCAUGCCGUAUCUGUCUCCGAGGAGUCUUCCAGGACCGUCGAGGUCUCGCAGCUCCUCUAUUUCAUCAUUAGGUCUUGAUACGGACUGGGCAUCCGCGCCAGAUCUCUCCGUCUACGGCCUGACAGACACCGAGCUGGAACCCGGUAUAUUCGAAAUACCCUCGACGCCUGAAACGGAAACGCUGCAGGCGCCGACAAGAUUCGAGGCCGAGACCCUGAUCGAUAAGUUCUUUCUCCAGAUGCAGAUGGCAGCCUACCCUCUGGCCCACUAUCCGCUUGACCGAUCCAAGCUGCUCGAGUUCCUCAAUAUCAUUCACCAACAGCUGCUCGGAAUCGAUGGCUCGAUUUCACGUAUACAUGGCUAUGGCGGUUUGUCUAAGGAUGGAGAAGGACGGCAGGAGCAGCACGUUGAAUCUACUCCAGAAGUGCUAUAA